AUGACUUCCGAUGUAUUUGACGCCGAUGGGCGCCUAAGCGAGGCGUAUGUCCAGGAGAUGUUCCAUAGCUAUCUCAAGAGCUCGCUCGCACAAGCCAAAGCGGAGCACCUUGUGGACGUGCAAAUGCUCAGUAGCGCCGAGGGCGAUCUGAUGAUAACUGGUCCCGCACUAUGCCUCUACUUUGCCGCCUUGAGGUGUACGACCAACCCACCUUCUGUCCCUCUUCCACGGCGGGACAAGCAUACACCGCAGAACGACUUAUCCGAGGACAACUGCCCUUCCGCCUUCCUGCCCUUCCUCCAGCUCUGGGCCCAAUGCGUACCCGAUAUCCAACGACUGGCGCCAGAGCACCAACACGACCUGGCACGCAUCGUAUGCAACCUCGAACCCAUCGCAUCACCCAUCAACCCUACAAUAUUCCGCGUGGCACACGACUUGCGCGCUGUGGCGAUAGAGAUCAGCUUGAGGCGGACGUUCCAGGACCGGUAUGCGCAGGAUCUGCAGGCUGCCAUCGAGACGGGCGGCGGGCCCCGCGCAAGUGUACGCGCGAGCUUCGUGCCUCCACCCGAAUACUCUCCAUCGGCUACGAACGCUACUUUCGGUGACAAGGAGCUCCCUCCACCGCCACCUGCGCGACCACAGCCUCCGCCCAUCGAAGUGAACGCCAUCGAGCUCAUUCGUGAAACGCUUUACGCUGCGCUCGCGGAUGUACUCGAGACUACACCACGCAUGCGCCAGCUUCUGCGGACGGACCCUACACGCUCGUACUUCGGCGCCGUCGCUCUCGCGAUCCUCUCUGUGGCCAGCACAGCGAUGACACCCGACGGCGGUGUACGUGGCGUCAUGGGCACGAACUUACACCUCGAGGACUGCCCUUCAGCCCUCCGUCCCCUCAUGCUUGAGCUGGCCGGUAUCGGACAUGCAGCCACGGAGAUGGAAGAGCAGGACACGGAAGAGGCCAUGCGUCGGGCGGCCGCAGGCGAGGAUAUUCCACCUCCGCGGCUUGAGAGGGUUAAGACAAUGUUGGAGCAUGGAGUUGCAUAUGAGAGGCAAGGUGCCGUGGGGAGGGAGAGCCCAGAGGGACGGGCGGUCGCGUUCGCGAACAGGAUCAACGCGCUCGCGAUCAGGAUGACGGAGUUGCCGGCGUUCAGGCAGAGACAGAACGAGGUGUUCAAUGUGCUGAAGGGUGUCGCAAGUUGA